AAUUCCAAUAUGGCAACCGUGGUGAAGUCUGCAUGAGCCCGUGUCUCAAAAAUGUUUUGAAUUUGUUGAGUCAGACGUGACGAGUCGUCGACAAUUUCAUUCUAGGUCAGUAAUGUGUAUCUAAGUUUUGUUAUUGUGAUUUAUAUCGCGUUCGGUUAAAAUACGACUAGAAAAUAAAUUCGCGUUCCCGUGUUAAAUUAAAGGGACAUUUAUUCCAUUAUUAUUCGGUAAGAUAAGCAAAAAUCGUUUUGACUCGGAACUGGUUUUUAUUUGUGAGGUCAAAUUGUCGAGGUUUUUUUUUGUUUUGAAAUAUUGCAAAAAAGGGUGUGCCUGGUGUAAAGUACCAGCCACGAAGUUUGUGGUGCACAUAGGCACACGUAGGCUAGUAGACUAGAGUUGGCUCUUACAUAUUUAAAAGGGAUUCGAGAUCCAGCGAGGUGAACUCCUGGAGCGGCGGCGCCUUCAACGAUGGGUAAACAGAACAGCAAACUCAAGCCAGAAGUGCUGGAAGAUCUUAAACAAAACACCGAGUUUUCAGAUGCAGAGAUACAGGAAUGGUACAAAGGAUUCCUGAAAGAUUGUCCAAGUGGACACUUGAGUGUUGAGGAAUUCAAGAAAAUAUAUGGGAAUUUUUUCCCUUAUGGUGACGCAUCGAAGUUUGCAGAACAUGUCUUUAGGACGUUUGACGCUAAUGGUGAUGGCACCAUCGAUUUCCGGGAGUUCCUUUGCGCCCUUAGCGUUACUUCACGGGGAAAGUUGGAACAGAAACUGAAGUGGGCCUUCAGUAUGUACGAUCUCGAUGGCAAUGGUUACAUUUCACGUCAAGAAAUGCUCGAAAUCGUCACGGCGAUCUACAAAAUGGUUGGCACUGUGAUGAAAAUGCCAGAGGACGAAUCGACGCCAGAAAAAAGGACGGAUAAGAUCUUCCGGCAAAUGGACAAGAAUAAGGACGGAAAGUUGUCAUUGGAAGAAUUCAUUGAGGGCGCAAAAAGCGAUCCCUCUAUAGUGCGACUGUUGCAGUGUGACCCUAGUGCACAAGCCCAGUGAGACCCUGGGCAACCGAAUGUUAUGCCAUGAGCGAUUCCACAUCGAUAUCCGGUUUAAUGAUGCUUAUUCUGAUCCAAGAAAUUCCAGACGUGACUGCAGAAGAAUUUGAUUCUAGCUCUAGUCCUCCAGUGCCACAACGAUCAAAAGAGAGAGAUCUCAAGAACGCUGUUGAUCUGCAUUUCUGUAAUCCAAAACCACCGUGCACUAUUCAGACACACACAAGAGCUUAACAUUCCUGCAAGAGGGUAUUUCUCUGAUCUUGUACGUUUCAUUUUUUUCUGAAAAUUUUCCAAUUUAUUUUUUAAAUACUUAGAAUUUAAAGUUCCUACCUCUCGAUAAUAGAAAUUUGUCCUCCAAGAUGAGAUCGUGUUCUUAAAUUGAUUGAAAAUGCUGAAGAUAAUCACUAGCCAUAGUGGCAGGUUCGUUAAGCUGGUCGUCAAUUUGAUCAACAACGUCCUUGUAAUUAUAGUUGAAGUUUUCAUUAUUGGAUACAAACUUCGUGUUAAAGACUGCCACAGGUCUCGAUGAAUGACUCGAUUUUGAAUUUUCACUGAUCACUGAAUUUUAAAAAAUAUUCUGGAUUGCUGGAAAUUCUUCUGGAAUCACAAGCAGAAUUUCUGGAUCAAGAA